AUGAUAAGUGUCAAGGCUAUUGAACAGCUCCUUAGCAGGACUGGUCUGAAGAAACUGUUGAGUAAGAGUACUGGCCUGCGCACCAGUGUUGGUGUUGGUCUCGCCAAGACACACAGUAAUAUUCCAAGAAUCUGUACCGUGGGGCAGCCGUUGCCGACCAGGCCUUGUGCUUGUGGUGACGUGACUAGAGCCAGCUUGCAGAGACUCGGAGGUGCGCAUGCUCUGGCAGCUUCUGGGCUGCAAAAGCUAUGGCUGCACAUGGCUGCAUCAGCUAACCGCAUACUUAAUCGGACUUGCUGCGCCCCAGCACUUCAAAUGAUUCCUUUAUUCGCUAUCGCAGCUCUGCUCUUCACCAUCCUCGCUACCGCUCAAUCUCAAGACCAGUCACUGUUUGACGACAACCACUUCAGCGUUAUAAUGUCGACAGCCGAAUGGUCGUCCAGAUACGCUGACUGGCAUAGCAGAGCGACACCGAAUCCGAAUCCGACAUUGUUCGAGCCAACGAGAUCAGCCCUGUCGCUCGCGGUGCUGCGUAACGACCCCGUACAGCCAGAAGGGUUUACAUUGGCCUUGUUCCACGGCGCCACAGACGCCGCUAUUGCUGUCGAUGCGAUGGGGAGAGUACUCCAAGUAACUGCUGAAGACUACGAAGGGAUCAUAUCCCUAGCCCACGAAGUACUCGCCCUACCGUCGACGGGCACAUUCAGAAAUACUUGGGCUCUCAAGCGGCCCACUACAUCACAGCCGAUCGACAGAAUCUUGGUCGCAGUCAAGGGCAGGGGUGAUUCAGAAGGUGAUGUGGAGUUGAAGGAGACGAGUGUGCAGGGUUUUUCGAAGCAGCUCACGAUGGAGCUAAAACGUCCGCUCACGGAUGAGGGUAUAACCCUUUUGCCUUUGUCUCUCAGCGAACUUGCUGGUCUAGUGUUGGAGGCCAGGGAAGGCUUCGUACCAGGCGAUGAAGACAAACGGAUGGUAACCAAAGUCAAGGAUGUAUUGGGAGAUGUAAAUUAG